CAGUCGCACGGAAAUUGCGUUGGUUUUGGCUUGGCACAAGCAACGUGCUAACGUUAAAGAGCACCUGGGAGCCAAAGCGCUGUGCAGUCAUGUGGCCUGUGGUGUGGACAGCGUUACGGACCUAUGCCCCUUAUGUCACCUUCCCUGUGACCUUCGUGGUGGGAGCGGUGGGCUACCACCUGGAGUGGUUUGUCAGGGGGACCCCUCAACCUCGAGAGGAUAAGAGCAUCCUGGAGCUGAGGGAGGAGAGGAAGCUGCAGGAACAAGUGGGUAUGGACAGCACCCAGGUGCUUAGCCUGAAAGAGAAACUGGAGUUCACGCCCAAAGCGGCUCUGAACAGGAACCGGCCCGAAAAGAGCUAAUCCGUGUCGGCAUGAGAGACUCGCGUUUGCCCUUUCUCGGCAGGAGGGCAGUGCAUCGGGAGCAAAGGAGGGCGAACCAGAGGGCAAACACACCCAUUCAGUCAUACAGCCACACUCCAGGCCACCCAAAAGCACCAUCUUGUCUGUGUAAAUCUCAGCUACAUUUUUAGAAGCUAAAGGGUAAUCAUAAAAACAGUCUUGAUCUUGUUUCAAGUCAAACAUAGCUCAUGUGUGCUAUAUGUGAUUCUUUGACUUUCCCCUUGAUGUUGCACACACCUGUUCAUGCUUUGAUCAAUAACCAAGUAAUGACAACACCUGAAGAAUGGAAACCCUGGCUGUCCAAGCUUCAAACUGAUGACAGCGUUGAAAGGGAACUGGUUGUUUUUUGUUUUAUUUAAAGCUAGCUGAGAGUCCUAUGACAGAUGUGAUUAUUUCUUCACUGUUAAAUCAGACAAAUGCCAUUUCUAUGUAAUUUCUUGCAUAAAAAUGAUUUUCAUGUAUGUUAAAAGGAAUUCUGUAGGGCCGCUCAGUUAAUCUGGCGUCCCCAAGCAAAGCCCAAGAUGACGUCCUCAAAGGCAUUCAGUUUACUGUCAUAGAGGAGUAAAGAAAUGGAAUCAGAGUUUUGAUUAAACAGCUGACAUGUUAUGGAUUCAUCAUUGUCGCUGCAGACCUCUGAUUGUGGACAUAAAAGUGGAGGAAGGAAGGCAGGUCUUUGUGGAUCGUUAUAUCUCAUGUCUCGUCCUUUUGAUGGUAUGUGGCACAAUAAUCCAGCAGUGUGGGAGGUCUCAGGAAGUUUAAGAUGCUCAGUCCUAUUGUCUUAUUCCUAUUGAAACAUCAACACAAUGCUUUUCACUGGAUAGUUUGCACACUAAGAGUUUAAAUUAUUUGUGUUACUGAAGACUGUGAUGAAUAAAGACUUUUUUGUGUA